CUUCAUCUGAUGCACUGGAACUCCACAUUAUACAGCAGCAUUGAUGAGGCAGUAGGGAAGAAGCACGGCAUAGCGAUCGUUGCUUUGUUUGUGCAGAUAGGGAAAGAACAUGUAGGCCUAAAGGCUGUAACUGAGAUUCUCCAGGACAUCCAGUACAAGGGAAAGUCCAAAACAAUACCUUGUUUUAAUCCCAACUCUUUAUUGCCAGAUCCUCUACUACGUGACUACUGGGUGUACGAGGGCUCCCUGACUAUUCCACCCUGCAGUGAAGGUGUCACCUGGAUAUUAUUUCGUUAUCCUUUGACUGUGUCCCAAGUGCAGAUAGAAGAAUUUCGUAGACUGAGGACACAUGUUAAAGGCGCAGAACUUCUAGAGGGCUGUGAUGGAAUCUUAGGGGACAACUUCAGACCAACUCAGCCACUUAGUGACAGAGUCAUCAGGGCUGCAUUCCAGUAGCAGAAGAGGAAGGCAAACAAAAAUAAAUCAUUAUUCUGAGAGGGUGAAGACAAUGCUCCCACAGUGCCCUUGGAUGAGAAAUGGAAACUUUGGAGACUGGUGCUUCAGCUCAGCCACAAAGCCUGCAUUGUUUGCCUUCAUCUAAUUCAGCCUUGAUAGACAGCUGUGACAGUUGCUCUGUCCGCAUGGUCCAGUGAAAUUCUGGGAAUGGGUCUGUACAUUAAAAGAAAAAAAAAACAUAUUAAAUCUUCCAAUUCACACUGUUACCUAUCUAAAAAUAGUAAUUAUCAUUACUUACACAGUGUCUUUACUAUAGCAUUCAACAAUGGUUUGUGAUCCAACUAGUACUAGUUUUAAGCUUGGUAUGGAUGUUACUAUAUAUAGAAAUACUCAUCAUUGUUUUGAAUUUUGGAUUUAAUUUUGUUUUGUUGCAUUUCUUGUGCUGUAAUUAACUAAUGUAUUUUCUGUAGAGAGGAAGUGCAUUCUAUAAAGGUAAUAAAAGCAUUCUUUCUGCACAGAG